AUGGGUGCCGCUUAUCUACCGUACAUCCAGUUCUCGAUUUUCAUGGGAAAUCUCGGAUUCUUCUCGAACGCCUUCUUCGGAUUCAUCCUCGUCUACUUGACGUUAUUCUAUAUCAAACGGCAAUUCGGGUCCUAUUACCUGCUCGUCAACUUCCAAGUUCUGGGAUUUGUGUUCGCCUCGUUUGAGUUCCUCUUUCAUACGUUCCUUCAUACCUACAAUGCUAGUUUGACCUACUUCAGUCUUUCUCGCCCUCUCGGAUUUUCCAACUUCACUAUGGAAUGGAUGAUGGGGAUCUACACUGGACUCUAUUCUGCCACAAUCUGUAUGCUUGCAAUUCAGUUCAUGUACCGUUACUGGGCAAUUUUCGACACUCCAAAACUCUGUUAUUUCCAAGGAUGGUACUAUUUCAUUUGGGUUGGGUACUACACUUUCUUCGGUGUUCUCUGGGCAUUUGCUGUUGGUAAUUUCUUUGCAAUGGACGACUUUGGAAGAAAAUAUCUGGAAGAUGAAAUCCUUCUUCGCUACGAAAGAAACAUCACGGAAAUUCCAGUUCUUGGUUUGAUCGCAUACGAAGGAGACAAUAUUCGCUGGAGGAAUGUGUAUGGAUUGUCUCUAAUGACUCUGAUUUCAACAGUUCAAUACUCGAUUAUCAUCAUUUGCGGCCAUCAAAUGUACUCUGGAAUGCGUACUAAAAUCGCUGUCCUUUCUGCUCAACACCGACGUCUUCAUCGUCAGUUCUUCAGAGCCCUUGUGAUUCAGAUCAGUGCACCCACUAUAAUUCUCUUCUGCCCAGUCUUCUUCAUGAUCUAUGCGCCAUUUGCUGAUUUGGAAAUGAGUUUCCCAUCAUGCAUCAUCCAAAGUGGAUUUACGGUAUAUCCAGCCCUCGACUCAGUGAUCAUGAUGAGUUGCGUUUCGGAAUAUGGAAGAGCAUUGAAGAGUAAGAAAAACGAACAAUUUGAUUACUUUGAAAAAAAAACUUCAGAACUAAUUGUGAACGCCAAGGAGAGGUACACUGUAAAAGCAACAAAAGAAGAGAGCCGAGAAACUGCGCAGACUCAUGGAAAGGCAGUCACUACUAAACUCUAA